CGCGAGAGCUGGCGCUGCGCUGCGGUAGGAGGUCGGCGGAGAAGGACGGAGCCGGAGCCGCUGUGCGCCCGCCGGUGCCCGCCUCACCCCGCCGCCCCCUUCCUCCUCCUCCUGGCUCCCCUCCCCGGCCGCGGACGGAAGGAUGCCGCGCUCCGGGCCGCUCCCCGCCGCAUUCUCGCUGCUGCUGGCGACGGCCGCGCUCCUGCCGGGACCCGCCGCGGCGCAGAACGCUGGGUUUGUCAAGUCGCCCAUGUCAGAAACUAAACUCACGGGGGACGCCUUUGAACUGUACUGUGAUGUGGUUGGGAACCCCACUCCAGAGAUCCAGUGGUGGUAUGCUGAAGUCAACCGGGCUGAGUCUUUCAAACAGCUGUGGGAUGGCGCUCGGAAGCGCCGUGUCACCAUUAACACUGCCUACGGGGCGAAUGGGGUGAGUGUGCUGAGGAUAACCCGCCUUACCUUGGAAGACUCUGGGACUUACGAGUGCAGGGCCAGCAACGAUCCCAGGAGGAAUGACUUGAGGCAAAAUCCCUCCAUAACGUGGAUUCGAGCCCAGGCUACUAUAAGCGUCCUUCAGAAGCCCAGGAUCAAUGCCAGCGAGGAUGUAGUCAUUCACCUGUACGGUCCGGCUGUCACAUUGCAGUGUAACCUCACCACAAGUCCCAGUCCCCUUUCUGCCAGUUACUGGGUGAAGAAUGGAGAAGAGAUCCCUGGCACUAGAAAACCUUCAAACACUACAGAGUACAAGAUUUUGAAGCCCAGAGCAGAAGAGUCAGGGGAGUACUUGUGCGUGUUUGUGUUUUCAAACUCUCCCAUAGCCAACGCCACUAUAGAAGUGAGAGCUAUUCCUGACAUCACUGGCCACAAGCGGAGCGAAAACAAGAACGAGGGGCAGGAGGCACUGAUGUACUGCAAGUCCGUGGGCUUCCCGCACCCCGAGUGGGUCUGGCGCAAGAAGGUCAAUGGCGUGUUUGAGGACAUCAACAACUCCUCGGGCAGAUUCUUUAUUUUAAACAAAGACAACUACACUGAGCUCAGCAUCACAAACCUACAGAUAAACGAGGAUCCCGGCGAGUACCAGUGCAACGCAACCAACCAGGUCGGCUCUGUCUCGGUCACAACCAUCCUGCGUGUCCGCAGCCACUUGGCUCCUCUCUGGCCCUUUCUGGGCAUCCUGGCAGAGAUUGUUAUCCUCGUUGUCAUCAUAGUUAUCUAUGAGAAAAGGAAGCGGCCGGAUGAAGUCCCAGACGAUGAUGAACCAGCUGGGCCAAUGAAAACCAAUUCUACAAACAAUCAUAAAGAUAAAAACUUACGCCAGAGAAACACAAAUUAAAAAUGCUUAUCAUAGCUUUAAGUUUCUGAGAGACUGAUGGCAAUAUGACCUGCUAAAUUUAAGGGUUGGAACUCUUGGUUCUAGAACUCCAGUUCUGUCUGAUUUUGUUUUCAUUUAUUUUCCUCCUUUUCAAGUGAGCAACGAUAUGACUGUCUAAAGCAUGCCUUAUUUAGCCUCUCUGCAAGGAUCACCUAGCCAGAUACAUUUUAAUAACGCUUCAGUGUAGAAGGUGUAAACUAUUUUGGGCUUUGAUGUGCUGUGAAUGUUGCUUUUCUUCUUUUUCUUUUUCCCCUCUUUUUUCUUUCUUUCCCCUCCUGGAUCUAUUUAACCGGUAGAGGUAGUUGGGCGAGUCCCGCAUGCGCUAUUUUUUACUUCCUGUAGCUGUUCAACCGGGCUCUGAACCGCACCGCUGCCAUCUAGUGAGACUUUUUGUAAAGUACAGCAAAACGGAAAAGAUAUAUACAGUAUAUAUUUAUAUUUUGGGGGAGGAGGGGGUAAAACCAAAAUCCAGUAAUCGUGUUUCAUUUUUAAGCUGCUGAUAUUUCAUUCCUUACUGUAUGUCUGAAAGAUGAGAGAAUUCGAGUGUGCUGGUACUUGGAGAAGUAAUAUAUCUUAAGGGCUUAACCUCUAGAGAGAGACUCGGGUGUCCUAUGAUCAGACUUCCAAAGGCAGAAGGGUUGGACGUGGUGGUGGAAUGCAGUGGAAAACAAAAACCUUCAGUUUAUAAAUAUAUAUAUAUGAUUGCUUUUUAAGUGAUGAUUUUUUUUUUUGUUAACUCAUGUAAAUUCUCAACUCCUUUUGCACUGAUGUGUUCAACAUAUUCUUGUACAUUCAAUUCAGGCAAACUUUUGUAAUUUUCUUUUUUUCUUUUUUUUUGCGUUUUGUUUAAAUGAUGAAAUGUUACAGCAUGGUGAUAUUCUAUGCAACUAGUUAUACUCUUUAGUUUGACACUGUAAGUUCUCAUGAUUUAAAGAUUGUAGGAAUAGACCUAACAGGGUUCUCAUGAUGUGCGUAACUGUAGAUGCAUGAACUUGUGUUCUGUGUAUUUGUUGAAGUGCAAUGAUGUAUAAAAAGUGGAUUCACCUGUUUUUAAAAAUAAAACACUGACCAAAAAAAAA